AUGAGAUUUGCCUCUUUGUUAUUAUCCAUUGGAUUGUUGAUUCCUGCUUGCUUGGGCGUGCGAUAUGAAACUUUGACGUCGAAGUACAAGAGGAACAUUGUUAAGAUUACCGACGCCAAUUACCAAAACCUUUUGAACAACGAGGACUUUGACAUAGUACUGUACCUUACCGCAUCAAGUCCACAAGUUGGAUGCGUUCUAUGCAAUGAGUUCCAACCUGUAUUUGAGCAGCUUGCUUCCUCAUUUUAUGAGAAUGUUGAAACGCAUGGUCUUGGCUCUGAUGAUACGAAGUUGAUCUUCGCAUACUCUGAUUUCCCAGACUCCAGAAAGCUUUUUCAACAGUUGGCACUUAAUAACGUCCCAAAAGUCUACUACUAUAAUGCACAGCAAGGAAGUGGUCUAAAACCAAGUGAUGAGUUUGUGUUUAUGAGCACUGAUAUGAUUUCCACAUUGACCAGCUGGUUGGUGGCUAAGACGCACCUAAGCCCCGAGCUAUUUACUUUAAGAACCAAAUUCAACUACACUGAGUUCUUCUUAUCAUUUUGCAUCGUUUUCGGGCUUAGCGUGAUCAUCAUACUGAAUUAUAAAAGGGUUUUAGCCGUCAUCACCAACAAAAGGGGUUGGCAAGCAUUUAGCAUUUUACUUGUCAUUCUGUUCACAUCUGGUUACAUGUUUAAUGUGAUUAGAAAUACACAGUACAUUCGUACAAAUAAAGAUGGCUCCAACAUGUACUUCAUGGGCGGUCACCAAGCACAGCUGGGAGUCGAAACACAGAUUGUUUCCGUCAUAUAUGGACUUUUCUGCGUCGGUAUGGUGAUUUUGGUGGACUUGUUCGAAAAGUUGCAGAAUGCCAAGUUGAGAUUGUUUGGUUCCAUUGGAUUAUCUGUCGGCAUUUUCAUUUUAUACAGCAUUCUGGUGAUCUGCUUCCACGCCAAAAAUACCGGUUAUCCAUAUUGGCUUCUAAAAUUAUGA